AUGCCUCUAACUGCUCUACCCAAGGCGUUUGAUUUGAAAGAGCUAAAGAAAGGAUACUUUCCACAUUUAUUCAACACUUUGGCUCAUCAGAAUUAUGUAGGGCCAAUUCCAGCGCUCGACUUCUACGAUCCCGACCAUUUAAAGGAAGACGCUCGGGAAAAAUUAUUAAAAUGGCAUGGCGAAAGACAAGCGGAGGGAUACGUUUUUGAUUUUCAGAAAGAAAUCGUUGAAUACUGUAUCUCCGAUGUGGAAAUAUUGACACAGGCGUGUCUCAAAUUUCGAGACCUGAUGAAAACCGAAACCACAGUCGAUCCCUUCCAGGAAAGCACCACUAUUGCAUCAUGCUGUAACAAAGUCUUAGACGCAAUUUUUUAA